GGACCGCGGCAGGCCGAGGGGGAGGUGCGGGUUGGGAGCGGGGACAGGUCUGGGCAGAGCUCGGGGGUUGGCACCAGUUCGCGCACUCAUUCAAGCGGCAGUACGCACUUGUCCCAGCAGUUCUCGCUGACCUCAGUAGCUGCGUCUUCUGUGCUCCAGCACCCUGAGCUCAUCUGCAGACGUCCUGGCGUCCGUCCUCACCAUGCCUAGCCUUUGGGAUCGCUUCUCGUCGUCCUCCUCUUCGUCCUCGUCCUUGUCCCGAACUCCCACUCCAGAUCAGCCGCAGCGCUCGGCCUGGGGGUCGGCGGCCCGAGAAGAGGGACUGGGCCGCUGCGCGAGCCUGGAGAGCUCGGACUGCGAGUCCCUGGACAGCAGCAACAGUGGCUUUGGGCCGGAGGAAGACUCUGCAUACCUGGAUGGGGUUUCCCUCCCUGACUUCGAGCUGCUCAGCGAUCCCGAGGAUGAGCACCUGUGUGCCAACCUGAUGCAGCUGCUGCAGGAGAGCCUGGCCCAGGCACGGCUGGGCUCGCGGCGUCCUGCGCGCCUGCUCAUGCCCGGCCAGCUGGUGAGCCAGGUGGGCAAAGAACUACUGCGCCUGGCCUACAGCGAGCCGUGCGGCCUGCGGGGGGCGCUGCUGGAUGUCUGCGUAGAACAGGGCAAGAGCUGCCACAGCGUGGGGCAACUGGCCCUUGACCCCAGCCUGGUGCCCACCUUCCAGCUGACCCUCGUGCUGCGCCUGGACUCACGCCUCUGGCCCAAAAUCCAGGGGUUGUUUAGCUCCGCCAACUCUCCCUUCGUCCCUGGCUUCAGCCAGUCCCUGACGCUGAGCACAGGCUUCCGAGUAAUCAAGAAGAAGCUGUACAGCUCGGAGCAGCUGCUCAUUGAGGAGUGUUGAACUUGGGCCUGGGGGGCUGAUACUGCUCCCAUGGCAGAGACAGUUGAACUUUUGGGGUGGACAUUGACAAGCAGAAGGUGAGGGACUGAUGCUUGUCAUUAGAAAACUGACAACAGCCCCAUGAAGGGAGGAAGGUCGAUGUGGGGGGCAGUGGGGGACACGGUGUUUCCCUAGGAAGCUCACUGAGGUGUGUGCAGGUGGCUCCCAGUUGGGGCACACACGCCACCCCUCAGUACUGUAGCAUGAAACAGAGGCUUAGGGGCCAACCAGGCUUCUGGCUGGAUGUGUAUGUAGCAUGUACCUUAUUAUUUUUAUUGUUACUGACAGUUAAGACAACAGUGGUGUGGCAGAGCCAGGAGAGCAGCUGGGCUGCACUGGCCUCUUCAAGGGAUGUGAGCUCAUGGUAGCCAGCCCUGGUGGGAGGGGGGAGGUCAUCGAGGUGGUUUGUGUAUCUCAUGGUCUGAAGGGGCCAAAUGUUUGUUCUUUGGUUUUGUAUCUUUUUUUUUUUGAUCAGAGCUUCACUACUGACCUGUUCUAGGCAGCUAUCUUACAGACGCAUGAAUGUAAGAGUAGGAUGGGGUGGGUGUUGGGAUCACUUGGGGAUCUUUGACACUUGAAGAAAAAAUACACCUGGGAGCUGCGCGUGGCCCAUCCCCAGAUGUGUACUGAAGGGUUGAGCUGUGAGGGGAUGGGGCUGAUUGGGGUGGGGGCUGGAACCCCUCCCCCAGAGGAGUACCAUCUGGGUCUUCCAUCUAGAACUGUUUACAUGAAGAUACUCGCUGUUCAUGAAUACACUUGAUGUUCAAGUAUUAAGACCUAUGCAAUAUUUUUUACUUUUCUAAUAAAAAAAAAAAAUGUUUGUUAAAAC